CACAAAAAAACAGGUGGAGGUCGUCUGAACCAUAUAUGCACACGUUUUGACUCGAUGGCUUCGGCAGUUCACCACCGGCGCUGGGGUCGUUUAUAUUACAAAAACUUGCCACACAUAGUUCCCUCCGGUUUAUAUAGGAUUAAAUCUAUUACUCUGUUCCCUCCUUUUUCCGUUAUUUCGGAAUUCACUCUUGGCAACAGCGUAAAGGAAAAGAGCGGUAAUUCGUAUUUUGUGGUUAUGUUUAGUUCUGGAUUUUGUAUCACGUUGUGGGUUAAUCUGUUUCGUUUUUGAAUUUAGAAUUUAUAAUGAGUGCUAGGAGUUUAUUAAUGUUGAAGAUGGCUAAACAGAAAGAUAAAAUUAUGUUAGAACAAGAUCGGGAACAUAAACAGAUAAAUCAAACCGACUUGGAAUGCAUCAACAAAAAUGGAAAAUCUUUAAUAGAAUUAGAUGGACAGCAUAAUUCUAUAGCCACAAGUAACCAGAAGAAAAAAGCAUGUUGCCUGGAUUUAGAUUGCUGCAGUAACUGUAGUUUUGUCUCUGAUUCAGCGUCUUCGGAAACCAUCGCCUUCGCACCAGAGUCCCACCCUGAACCCGAUUUUGAUAUAGAUUCGGAUGGAGGAAUAUGGUACCCUCUUUCUAAUUUAGAACAAACUGUAAGGUCAAAUGGAACAUCAAAAACUAACGAUAAAAUAGAUCAAACCAAGAAUUUGGGAAUUUAUGGCCAAAUCUCUGAAAUAUCUAAUGAAAUAGAAAUACAACCAAUUAUUUGUUGUGCUACUGACAGCUUUUAUGUCACUGAAUCUAACAGAUAUAAAGAAAAAUGUCCUUUACCAGAGCAAUUAGAUAAUUGUGGUGGAAAAUACACCCACUGGAAGGCUUCAUUGAAUGAUAACGAAGACUUAAAGCAAAAUAGACCAAAAAGGCAUUUUGCUUCAAUAAAAUCAGAUGAUAACGAUGAAUUUGGUAAUCUCAACAACGUUCUGAACUUAGAAACAUCAGAUAUUAACUGCGUUGAUGAUGGCGGGAAUGAAAAUUUCAGCAGUGAUUACAGUAGGGAUAAGGAUUUUAACACUAAUAAUUGGUCCGAAAGUGAAAACAGUCAAUGUACUAGAAACAGCAAAGACAGCAAUGAUGAAGAUUUUGACAUUGAUGAUAUUGUGCAAUCAAUCGAUACUGAUAGUUAUGAAAGCUCUGAGGAAAAUGAGCUACAAGAAGAAGUAAGACAAUUAAAUAACAUAGAUAUUACACAAAAAAACUUAGUUACAACAGUUGCUGAGAAAUUAAAAGAACAGGUUUUUAAUAUGAUGAGGGGCGAUGAGAUUUCAUUUGUUGCGAAAAAAGACCUACUGAUAGCACAUUAUGGAGAAUCUUAUUUGAAAUCUCAAAAACGGGAACGGAAGGAGUAUAGAUGUAGUAAUAAGAUAAGAGAACUUGCUCGAUUAUUGAUUAUAUAUAGAGCUCGUGUAAAUGACAAUAACGUCGCAUUCAAAGAUCUUCUCGAUCCAGAAAACUUUGAUCAAGUUCUUUCUGCUACGAGAGAACUUACAGGCUUUGAUCCGAUCAGAAAAAGUUAUGAAGCUCCCAGCCUUGCAAUGCAUCUAGGUACUGCUCUAAAGAUUAUAUCUGAUGAAUUAAUUCAUUUAAUUUUGAAAGGCAGUAAGGGAUUUCAAUGCAAAUCAGUAAAUGACUCAAUAGAAUGGCGUCGGAAAGUCAAAUAUUUUAAAAAAUUAGUUGAAGACAGAUGGAACACUGAAAUUUCUUCAGUGGCCAAUAAAGACCUGAAUGAAAAACGUCGGCAAAAACCACUUUUAAUACCACUGAUUAAAGACGUAAAAGUCUUUAGGGAAGAAACACUGAAAUAUGCGAAAGACUGUGAGAAAAAGUUUCUUGAUAAAAUAGACUCCAAUGAGACAUACAAGUUAUUGGCUCAAUGUGCUCUGGCUCUGUUAAUCCUUUUCAAUAGACGCAGAAUUGGUGAUGUUCAGUAUCUUAAAGUGAAUGACUAUUGUUCCGAAAGAAAAACAGAUUUUCAAGACUUCGAGAAUGCAUUAUCGGAACAUGAAAAAAUCUUAACAUAACACUACAGAAGAGUCGUAAAUGGUGGAAAAGGAUCACGUGCCGUUGUCAUAUUAGUUCCUCCAUUGCUACACCACUUUAUCACAAUACUGAUUGAAAAUAGAGAUAAAUAUAUUCCUCCGGAUAACCAAUAUAUUUUCGCAUUACCUAAUAGUAAACUCAAGUGGGCUCAAGGGGAUGUUGCAUUCAGAAAUCUAACGAAUAAAAUGAAAUUAGAAAAUGGGACAGCUAUAACUAGCAAUAGGUUGCGCAAACAUAUAGCAACAGCAAUGCAAGUUCUUAGCAUGUCACAAAACGAUCGUAAGCAGUUUUCCAAAUUCAUGGGUCAUACCGAAAAGACCCAUGAGGAGUUUUAUGAAUUACCAAUUGAUAUAUAUCAGACAGCCAGAGUAGUGAAACUGCUUUCUAUGAUGGAAAAAGGAAAUCCAUCGGAGUUCGAAGGCAAAUCUUUGUCAGAAAUUCAAGUUAAUAUUGAUGAAUAUGUAGACGAUAAUGAUAAAGAUAAACAAAGCCCUAUUGAUACAAACCAAGAUGAAACUUCUUCGAUGGAGUGUGAUGGGUCAAAAAAAAUAAUUUUACUGGAAAUGAUGAAAGCAACAAGAAAAGGAAACCGGACACUAAUAAAAAAAGAGGUUGGACCACUGAAGAAAUAAAAUCACUGAAGGAACAUUUCAAAAGCUUCAUAUCAAAAGGCACUUACCCAUGUAGUUCCGAGAUAAAAGAAUUUGGAAAAUCAACGAAUAAUACAAGGAGUGUUGCAGUCAUAAAAUCCAAGAUUCAGCACCUCAUAAGACUAAAUUUGAAGUAAAUUUAUUAUUUUGUACUGAAUUCCCC